AUGUACACGUAGCGUAUCAGGCUUUAGUUUUAAAUAGGGCAGUGUUGAAAAAUAUAUACACAAAUAACUUGUAUAAAUUAAAUUGUAUGAUAUUUAUUUAGUUACGUAUUGUUUGUUUGUUUGUUUUAUUAAUUCUUAACGCCAUUCCAGCAUCUCAGGCUAUAUUCAUGGCGAGAAGCAGUUAAUCCAUACACAAGUCUGUUCUAUAAACAACUCGAUCCAUACACAAGUUGAGGGUUACAAAACGUAUUCAUUUGAACGUCAUUCUAAUAAUUUUAACAAUACAAUUGUUACAUAAUGGCAAUAAUACCCAGAAAAUGUCCCGAAAUAAUACAAUCUGAUGGUGAACUGUGAGGUGAAUAUUUAAUUAAUUGAAAACUAUAAACUAACUGCCAGAAUACCCCAAUGCAUCAAAAGAUCCCUUUUGUCUCUUUUUUUGCCACAAAAUCUUAUGGAUGUAAUUGUGUAUAGCCUAAAUAAUGUACAGUUCAAUUAAAGUAAAGUCACAAAUACAGUAUUUAUUGAAAGAAGAUUAUGCUAAAUUAUAUGAUCUCUUUAAAAAUCCGUAAAAAUAUUCAAUGUCAAAAUAUUCAAUUUAACUUGAAAAUGGGUGGGAAAGAUAUCAGUCGUGACCAUAUAAGGACAGUUCAUAACCAUCCAGGAAUGUCAGUCUACUUUAUAUGAUUUUCCCAAUCCUUCAGUAAAUAAUUUGCUUUAACGGUACAGUCCACACUACGCUGUAAAGAAAGGUUACGUAAUUUUAAUGACGUAACAUAAACACGAACACCCAGCCUAUCCCUUACAUGGAAAUAUUACCACCACGCGCUAUUGGCCAGUUCCGAGCGACCCGCAAAGAAGCGCGAUUUUAAUUGGUCGAUUUGCCGUUCCUAGUACGGCCGGUUGUGUUUUCCUUGAUCUCUGCGCAAUGGCGGAGGUCAGACUGCGGUGCGGGAGAGAAGCUUACAAGUUUAUAAAACCCUCGUAUCUAUCGCUUUUGGAUAAAGUGGGUAAACCGGUUUUAAAGCCAGGUUAUGUUGCAGCAUUAAUACAUUCACCGCAGUUUUGUGUAAAUCAUAAUCGCGUUGCGCGCGAUCAAGGAGCGGGUAAUACAUGCCGAGUACGUUUGAAGACCCCCAAAGAGAAAUCAUCUGACAGCUUGAAAUCGCCAUCGGACUUCCUUACCGAGACUAUUUAUGGAAAUACAUGGAGUGACUGCAUUAAAUUGGGGAUUAAAGCAGAUGCCAUAACCCCAGUUCUCGUGUUUUCAUGUUUAAAAACACACGUAAGGCGUCCUCUCCUGUGUGGCAGUGCUGGCAGCUAUCAUCCCUUUACAAGGAGAUCCAUGUAUGCACAGACACACUAUGGACUUCCACAUGCUCGUUUAGGGCACUACACGUCUUUCUCAAGAGCUUAUAGUGGAAAACACAAUAAUGACAGCACAGGACCGCUAUACAAAUCAAAGUCUGCCUACUAUGACAUUCUCGAGGUGUCUCCGACAGCCACUCACACGCAAAUCAAGACUGCUUACUAUAAACAGUCCUUCAUGUAUCACCCGGACAGAAACGCAGGGAGCGAGGAAGCCACGUUUCACUUCUCUCAGAUCAGCGAGGCGUACAACGUGCUCGGUAAUAAAGCUCUAAGAAGGAAAUACGACCGUGGGAUUCUGAGUGAAGCUGACCUCACAGGAUCCUGCAGACCUACCGAAAGGGAGAGAACAGCGCCAUCGUCUGGUCAAAAGACCCGAGCCCGACACUCUUCAUCGGUCGCCGUCGACCAGGACAAGAUCUUUGACUUUGAUGCUUUCAUCAGAGCGCACUAUGGAGAACAGCUGCAGAGAGAUAAGGAGCUGCGCCAACGCAAGGAGAAGAUCCUUAGGAAGCAGAAGGCGCAGUAUGAUGAUGUGAAACUGGGCAGAAUGAAGGAGGUGGCUGUAGGGAUGCUUCUGGUUAUGGCCAUGGCAAUCGUGUUUACUAUGAGGUCUAGCAAUUGAUUAAUGCUAUGGAUGCUUGAGGUGUAUCUGUCACCUGAUUUUGUCAAUUGAAUGUGCCAACACACAAAUUUAUGGGAUGGGCUUGAUCAUAUAAUUAUUAAAACUGAGCUUUGCAAGAUCAUCAUGGUAACCGUAGUUUCUGCCCAAAUAUCAUAACUACUGCUGUUUGACUAUGAGAUCAUACCAACUUAUCUAUCUUAUAGUCCGUUAUUUAUUUUCAGUAAGUGUUGUCAGAUAUUUUUUGGCUAAUACUUGUUUCCCUUUAAGUAACUGGUAUUUAGGUAAAAAUGGGAUACUAUUAUAAUUUUAUUUAAGAAGGCAAAUGAAUAGAAACAUUUGGUUGUGUAAUGUGUGGGCUCUACCUCAGCUGUGAAACGCUUGUAGUCAAACUCAAGUAAUGAUUUAUGUUCUUCAGAAAACGAGGUAAUGGCUGGUGAGCACCGAUGGCAGUAUUUUGCACAAGGCAUCUGGGUUAAGACUCACUCAGUUCUGGUGUUUAUUUGACUGGACAGUUCUAUACAUCUAAAUUGUUAGGCCUUGGUAAAACUGACACAUAUUGUGUACAAAAUAGACGUCAAUCACUUUACAAUUAAGGUUUAAUGUAUUACUUGGAUGAAUAAAGGAAAGUAGUGGUUGGCUAAAUGGUUCACUAGGCUGCUAAAACAAAUGUUGCGGGUUGAAUCCCAAAUUAUAGCCUAUAACUGUAAAUGGAGAAUUGAUGAGAUUACAACAAUGCUCCAUCAGUACCGACCUUGUAAAGAAACUGUGCCUUCUGAUUGUUAAAAUACAUAGAUGAAUAUGUAUUCUAUGGAUAUAAAAAUACAAUAAUAAAAAAAGAUAGUAUCUUUUUUCUAUUUGUAUACAUCUUUUUGUGUUUUUGUUUAAUACAGAGACUGCAGCUGUGGAAAAAAUUAAUAGACAACUCCAGUUUUGCCUUAAAGGGAUACUUCACCCAAAAAUGAAAAUUCGAGUUGUUCCAAAUCUGAUGAACACAGAAAUGUAUUUGGAAGAAUGCUUAUAACCAGACAGAUUUUGAUUGACCACCAUAGUAGGAAAAAUACAAUGGUAGUCAAAAGAACUGUUUGCUGUCCUACAUUCUUUGUCUUCUUUUGUGUUCAACAACAAAGUAAUUUUUCCUACUAUGGGAGUCAAUGGGUGGCAAGAUCUGUCUGGUUAUAAACAUUCUGCCAAAUAUUUUUCUCUGUGUUCAUCAGAACAAAGAAAUUUAUACAGAUUUGGAACAACUCGAAGGUGAGUAAAUGAUGACAGAAUUUUCACCAAUUUUUUGGUGAAGUAUCCCUUUAAAUGAGCAUUUCUGUAUGUGUGAAUUUCUGUCCGUUGAAUUUCAACAGGAACAAACUCUCAACAGCAAUGUGACGGAGACAAUGCAGAGAUGCAGAUCAGGCUUAUCCAUCAUAUAUUCAUGUUUGAACU